AUGCAACGCAGUUUGGAGCAGCGGUACGCGAUAAAAUUUUGCGUCAAACUCAGUAAAUCCGCUACCGACACGCUUGAAAUGUUAAGACAAGCCUAUAGGAACAAGACUUUGUCGAAAGCACAAAUGUGUAAGUGGCACAAGACGUUCAAAAAAAGAAGAGAAGACGCGAAGGACGAACAACGUUCAGGGCGCCCAUCAACGUCCAGAACUGCCGAUAAUGUGACUCAAGUGAAGUCUGUUUUGAACUCUAACCGAUGUUUGAGUAUGAGCUACCACGACAACGCGCCAAGUCAUUCAUCGCUUCAAGUGAGAGAAUUUUUGGCCAAGAAAAAUGUGGCAAUGCUUCCCCACCCACCAUACAGUCCGGACCUGGCCCCGACCGACUUUUUUUGUUCCAGAGAUUCAAAUUCGGCCUGA